GGAGAACAGUGGAGAAGCAGAAGGAGGGAUUUGUCCUCAUGGUUAACGACAUCUCUCUUUUUUUUUGCACUAUCCAGACAAACCUCCAGCCUGAAAUCUGAAACUGCAGAAGUGGCGUGGCUCACCGAGCAUUUGCCACUCUUUUCUGUGCUCUCUCUCUCUCUCAGUUCACUUUUUCCAGACUGGUUGCACUCAUCCUCCAUCACAGGGGAUUCCAACGGAAAAACACUUCUGCCACAGUAGAUGAUCCUGAGGGGAAACGAUGCUCCCAAUGGCCCUUCGUCUGAUUGGUUUGAGUGUUGUGUUUUUCAUCAGAAGCAGCUCGGCCACACCUCUACCUUUUUACAGUUCUCUAGAGGGAAGUACAGAUGAGGAAGAACUCAGUAACAUAACUUCCUUUCUGCCCACCAGCAAUGUUUCCUCUGAGUACCAAACCACACCUGUUGGCCCCACACACGUGGAAACUGACUUUCUAAGUCAAGUUGUGAACUUUCUGCAGGAGAACAUGCUCCUUAUCCUUGUUGCAGGCACGUUCAUCCUCCUUGUGUUCCUUAUUAUCUGUGGGGCAAUUUUCAUGAGCCACAGACGCAAAGUCAAUGCCUACUACCCUUCCUCCUUCCCCUCGAAAAUGUAUGUGGACCACAGGGACAAAACCGGAGGUGCUAAACCCUUUAAUGAAGUGCCAGAAAAACCUGCUCCUGAGCAGAAAAGUGAAACAGUGGACUCUCACAAACAGCUUCAGGCAGACAUUAUGAGGGCAGCCAAGAGUCUGCGCACACCAAAUAAAUCUGUUGAUGCUGCAGAGGGAUGUGGCCCCAGUCAGAAAGUAGCAGACCACAGUCCCGAGGACAGCUCUAAACCAGAUGGCAGCAUCCUGGACCAGCAGCUACCAAGUCUCCCCGAGGAAAAGGAGUUGUGUGAGCUCUCUGAAAGUGAAGCAGCUGCAUCGGCAGGCAGCCCUGAGCUGAAUCCUCCAGAGGAUCCAGAGGAAGAUGAUUCACGGGAGCCUCUGACUGGUAGGAGUCUGCGGCCCUCCUCUCUGCAUAUUCACAAUGACUCUGCUACACUUCAGCUGAUCGCAGGAGAGAAAACUGCCUUCUAACUUUUCUGAACAGUGACCUGAAUGUAUAUUUUUUAUGCUUUAAAUUCAUGAGUGCCAUUUUGUCCAGUAAACCUUUUUAAAAAAUGUCUAUAAGGGAAAAGCAGGAAAAAGUUACUAAAUGACAAUCAUGUGUUGUUUUUUUUGCAAUAUUUUAUGUUUAUAUUCAGUGCAGGAAAGAUACGUACAACAGCCUGUUGCUUUACACUGACUGGAUAUAUCAUCCAUGCCAUAGAACAUUAACAUCUGGUACAAAACCAAUGUACUUUUAUGGGGGGAUUUCUGUGUCGUUCAAGGAUAUCUUGCUUAGUGUGCACAUACGAACCACUUCAGUAAACAUUGCGUGAUAUGUUCUUGUACUUUGUACUUCUGUGCAAAACAGUGAGUAUUGACAAUGUUUGACCGAUCAGUAUUUGAAUAUUUAAGAUUAGUCAAGUAUAGAAAACAAUGAGAUGAUAGCAACCUUUUUUUUUUUUUUUUUAGCAAGCAUUAUAACAGGUGCACAGGUGUAAUCGAUAGCAUUUAUAGUUUCAUUUCAUUUAGGUGAACCAGUUCAGUUCAGUUCAGUUUAUGAAAUAUUCAGGCUGCUCAAAGUAAUAAACUGCACUCAAAAGACAGUAUGAUUCAAGAUACUUUUAUUGCAGACUCUCAAGGAAGCAUUACUAAAUACUUAUAAAUUAAUCUUAAAAUCAGUGGACCCUUUCAUUGUUUGAAGCCACUUUGCAUAUCAAAAGGUCAGUGCUUGGGAGUGCAGAUAGGAUACUGAAAAGCUGUCAGCUUUAUUCACCAUCUCCAUCACACCAUUCAAAAUCAACACUCCUCAAUCUUAAAAUAUAACAAUCUCAAAAAUAAGGCUCAGCUUUUGUACCAACAACCCAAACAGUGCUUACAUUGUGCGUUUAUGUGACAGGCUAAAAGGUACAGUAUACAGGGUUAAAGGACAGAAAGCCUGGUGUAACACAGCUACGUAGGGUUGACGAUGGUGUACAUAUCGUCAACGUUAUAAGGUGUGACUCAUCAAUACUGCAGGAAAGUGAGGUGGUCAUGCUGGACCACUGCUACUUCUCUUCUUGGCAGCAGGAAGCGAGUGGCGCCCAGCUCAGAGAGCGAGUGCUCUGUUUAAUUGCUGGCCCUUACUGCCUCCUGCUGGUCAUCCUGUUGCUUGAGGCGAUAGUCAGCCAGGGCAGCCUUGAUAGCGUCCUCUGCAAGCACUAAAGGAGAAACAAACAGAGGUUAAAUACAUGCAUGUGUGGAGCAGUCCGUAACAUCAUUAGAAAAAAAUGUAAUGAAAACUUACUAGAGCAGUGAAGUUUAACUGGUGGAAGACAGAGCUCUUUGGCAAUGUCAGUGUUCUUUAUCAUCAAAGCUUCGUCCACCUGGAAAGAAAAGCACACAGCUCCAGUAUCCACAAAAACCCUUCCAGUCAAUGAUAAGACACGAGCAGAGCAGAAUAAGCAAGAGGCAGAGAAACAUGUGUCAGGUCUGUAGUGUGUUCACUCACAGAUUUUCCCUUCACCCACUCGGUGGCCAAAGAGCUGGAGGCAAUAGCAGAGCCGCAGCCAAAAGUUUUGAACCUGGCAUCCACGAUCUUCCCCUGGUCAUCCACCUCAAUCUGUCAAAAUGAGAAAUUUAGAGCUUUACUCAAAUGCCAAAGGGGGAAUAGACUCCAUUUUAGAAGUUGGAAAAACUGCAUGUUGCCAUUUCUUUUUCAAACAGUGGAUUCAAAUAAAUAUUCCUGCAACCGUUCAAGUGAACUGCACAUCGUGUUUUCCCUGAAAAUAAAUGCUUUAUACUAAUACUAAACUAUAUUUAAGACUUUGUGCUAUCUACUUAGUAAAACAAGAAUGUUAUUCAUCA